GCAUGGAUUCAGAGGCUGUGCAGCCGAGGUGUGUCGUCCCGCAACUGCUUUGACGCGGGUCCCCCCGUGCUUCCCUCCCCCGCCUCCGAACCCUGAACGACACGGAAGGAGCCGGACAGCAAGCAUGCAACAGCACGCAACGGACUUGACGAGCCUUCUCGGUCUAGGGUCCCGCGGGCUAGAGUCGUUGGCAUGACCCAAAGAAUCACUCAUCACUGGAACGGUAGAUCCGACACUGGAAUUCUGCGCGUACUGUAUGCGAUCUGAUGGACGAUCUCCCAUACUCCUUAUCAGCGUCGACUGUUGGACAUCGACUUGCUUCUUGCGGGUUCUAUCAUAUGUUUGGACAUUCCACCCAUGUCAAGUUCGGGCGCCCUCGACACUGCGCUCGGCGGAAAUACUUGCACCUCGACGAUAGCCGCCACGGGCCAUAAACGCUCUCCACGAAAGGCUUUAAAGCGGAGAACAAGACCGGAAUGAAAACUGCAGGCAUGCUCGACGUCCCCAACAAUGGCACUCGCGGCUUUGUCGUGGUGGUGCAUUCGCACCUCGCGACGACGUCCACCUUCCUCAUCCAAGUCUACACCUUGCUACGCGCGAAUCUCAUGGCGGCCAACCGCAGCCCCAGCCUCAGAGAACGCUGCACUGUCUCCCUGCGCGUCUGUACAGACGUCGACCCGUGCGCCACCCGAUCCAAGCUCCCCACCGACCUCUUCUCCACGGCCGGCCGCACCCCACCCGCGUCCCCGAUGUGCGUCGCAGCGAACCGCCGCAGCUGUGUGCCUCCGCCGCUGCCGCCUCCGCCGCGCGCAACCGAGAGUGGCCCCUCCGCAUCCGAAUCGACGUCCUCCGGGCCGUCCGCGCGGCAGUUGAUCCCGCACCUGCACACCCUCUGCGCCUUCGACCAGCCGCAGGCGUUUGCCACGGACAGCGCGGCGCUGCCUGCGGGCAACUGGACGCACGCCGUGCGCAUCCUGCGCGCGUCGAAGGCGCACCUGCCCGGCAGCCUGCGCAUCUCCGACCUCGGCCCGGCGCAGGUCCUGGACCUGUUCGAGCGCCCGCGCAACAUCGACGCGUGGGCGCGCGACGGCGGCCUGCCGCUGCGCCGCCACCACUUGUUGCUGGUGCGCGAUUUCCUGGCGCUGGCGCUGCCGUACUACUCGACCACCGUCACGCUCUCGGACGACGGGGACGACGUCGAUCUGGGCGACGCGUACCCCUUUGAGCAGCUGGGGCUGCCGCCGGUGUAUGAGUCCCGCACGGAUCCGGUGCGCAUGCUGCUCGUGGGUCCGGUGCGCGCGGUGCGCGCGGUGCUGGCGAUUGCCCUGGUGUACACCGCCUAUGCCUCGGGGAGGAAGCUGCGGUAUGUCAUGGAUUGUGUGGGGGACGAGGGCGACGACGCAGAGGUCUGCGCGGUCCUCGGUCCUGACUCUAAGAUGGGGCUUACAGACCAGGCAUUGGACGAGCUUCAAGCCAUCGUGAAUAGUCUGUAA